AUGCAAUUUAAUUCAUCAUCAGGAGGUUCCAAUGUAACGACCAUUGAAAAUAAUAUUCAAUCAUGUCUAUCAUUGAGUAGGGAAAUUAUUGAACAUACACUUGGUCCGAUGGGAAUGGAUAUUUCAAUUUUUGAAAGUAAUAAUAAUCACAAGGUUAUGGAUUCAUCAUCACAGUAUUUACCUUACAUGGAGAAUCAAAGCCUUCAGGAGAGGGAUUCAAUGUCGAUAUCGGAGGAAGGAAAUAAUGAAAUGAUGAAGAGUAAUAAUUUUAUAAUUACAAAUGAUGGAAGUACGAUAAUUAAAUAUUUAAAUAUUGAACAUCCGAGUUGUCAGUUAUUGUCAAGGGCUAGUUUGUUGCAGGAUAGAUUAAUUGGUGAUGGCACUUCAUCAGUUGUGAUAUUGACUUGUGAAUUGUUGAAUCAGGCUUUAAAUUUAAUUAAGAAUAGGAAUUUACAUCCUUCAUUGAUUGUGAGAGGAUUUCAAUUGGCUGUUUUAAAAUCUAAAUUAUAUUUGAAUAGCUAUGCUGUGAAUAGUAAUGAGAAGGACAUUGAGAGUUUGAUUAGGACUUGUAUGCAAUCAAAGAUAAUUUCACAAUAUGAAGAAUAUUUUGUAAAUUUGAUAAGGAAUGUGCAUAAUCACAAAUUGAAUUUGCGAGUUAUAUAUCCUAAUAAGAAUUUUAAAUUAUUCUACUUUAAUGAGAUUGGAAAUGACAUGUCUACAACAUGCCAAUACAGUGGAUAUAAAUUUACAAACUUGAAGCAUUUUAAUGUGAACCAAUUCAACAUGAAAAAUGUAAAAAUAUUAAUGUGCAAAGCAGAGGAAUUGAAUGGCAACUUUGUUUCUAAAAUAUUUAGAGUUAGUCAAUCAAAUUUAGAAAACGAGUACAAAAAACUGACAGAACUUUGUGACUAUUUAAUUAAUGAAUUGAAUAUCAACGUGAUAUUCAAUGUUGGUAUUGGAAUUCACAAAAUUGUUCAAGAAUAUUUAAAACACAAGAAUGUUCUCUGUGUUGGAUUUGUUGAUUUCAAAUCGGCAGAGGUUCUUUCAAUCAUUGGUAAUAGUAUCAUUUCGAGUGGAUACAAUAAUUGUGGCUAUUUGGAUGAAAUUAACCUAACCAGUGUCGACAAUGGAAACUACCAUUUGGAGAUUUUAUCGAAUUCUCAGAAUCAUGCCAAGUAUAUUUGGAAUACUAUCAAAAUUUCAAGCCCUAAUUCUGAAAUAUCCAAUGAAAUCCAACGAAGUAUUCAGGACUGUAUGGGAAUAUUAAAUCAUACAGAACAAGUGUGUCCUGGUGGAGGUGCUACAUUUAUGGAUAUUUCCAAGUAUAUUAGAACAUUGAAUUAUCCUAAUCAAUUACAAUUUAUUCUGGAAGCAUUCUCUAAUGCUCUCGAAGUUAUUCCAAAAGUAUUAUCAACAAAUAUGGGUUACGAUGCCUCAAUUGUCCUUUCAAAAUUGAGAAGUAUCAAAAAUGAACAAUAUUUUGGAGUCUCAAUGGAUGAACAAGUCUCCAAUCAACUAAAGAGUGGUGUUAUUGAGCCAUGUCAUCUCAUUGUUUCAAUAAUGGAUAGAGCUUUGGAAUUUAGUGAAAUGAUUUUGAGAAUUGAUGAAAAUAUUUACAUCAAACCAUUUCAUUCCAAUGUAAAGAUGUAA